AAAUCGGACGGCCCAGAGAACUGCGUCAGCCUGAAGCUACCGGGGAGGUACUAGCCAGCUCCUCUUGUACAUUGUAGAUAUAAAAUGAAAAUGAUUUGUGCCACAGAGAGGGCCAUUACUCACAGCGGAAAGAGGGAAAAAAAUGGCUUUGCCAAACCAGCAGACCGUCGAUUAUCCGAGCUUCAAGCUUGUAAUUGUUGGCGAUGGUGGAACCGGAAAAACAACGUUUGUGAAAAGACAUCUUACUGGGGAGUUUGAGAAGAAAUACGAACCAACCAUUGGUGUGGAAGUCCAUCCAUUGGACUUUUUCACCAACUGCGGGAAAAUCCGUUUCUACUGCUGGGACACGGCUGGGCAAGAGAAGUUUGGCGGUCUUAGAGAUGGUUACUACAUUCAUGGACAGUGUGCAAUUAUCAUGUUUGAUGUUACUGCCCGCCUGACAUACAAGAACGUUCCAACAUGGCACCGCGAUCUUUGCAGAGUAUGUGAAAACAUCCCAAUUGUUCUUUGCGGAAACAAGGUUGAUGUGAAGAACAGGCAGGUGAAGGCAAAGCAGGUUACAUUUCACCGAAAGAAGAAUUUGCAGUAUUACGAGAUAUCAGCCAAGAGCAAUUAUAACUUUGAGAAGCCUUUCUUAUACCUUGCUAGGAAACUUGCAGGGGAUCCUAAUCUGCAUUUUGUUGAAUCUCCUGCCUUGGCUCCCCCAGAAGUGCAAAUUGACUUGGCUGCACAGCAAAGGCACGAGGAUGAGCUUGCUGCUGCCGCUAGUCAGCCCCUUCCUGAUGACGAUGAUGAUGCAUUCGAGUAAAAUGGGGGGGGGAUUCAUGUUUUUGGCAGAGUUUCUUACCAAUAUAUGCGAGUACUUGAGCCAUGUAUUCUCUCUCUAAAUUGCUGGCAUUUGUAUGUUGACAUACAUAUAUUUUUGGCUGUUGCAUCAUUUUGAGGAUGUGGGGCUAUACCGAUUUUUCUUUUUCUUUUUCUUUUGUUGCUUUGUUUCUUCUUUUCCUGCCUUUGGGGCACGACCUCUUAUGUCUCCAUACCCGAUUCUAUACUUUUCAGUUU